UUGAGUAAAAUUGAGACCAAGCCUACUAGAAAACAAUCUUACAAGGAAAUAAGUUAUCUAGUAUAUUGCAUGAAUCCAAUCAAAGAAAGAUAAAAUUAGAUAUUUGAGUGGCAAGAUAUGUAGACCACAAAAUUCACAACUUCAUCCACAGGUGUUUGUAGCCACAGGAAAAGGGUUGAGGCUCCAUGCACAUAGCACUGCAGAAAAAAGAUGAUGGCUCUAGCAAGUUAUUCUUGCAGAUUUGUACCAGAUAAUGUGAAAGAGCUCCUUGAUCGUGGAAAGUCUUUAACAGCAGCAACCGCGAGCACAGCCAGAAGUAUAGCAGUCUCCGGCUCUGAUAUUGGUGGAAGGAGAAGGCUUCUUUUAUCCUCAACUGCUGCUGCUUUAUUAGCUGUAGCAGCCACUGAUGCUAAUGACAGCCGGACUGCCCUUCUUCAAAAGUAUUUGAAGAAGUCAGAGGAGAACAAAGCAAAGAAUGACAAAGAGAGAAUGGAUGAUUACUACAAGCGAAAUUACAAAGACUACUUUGGAUUUGUAGAGGGCACUUUGAGAGCCAAGGAUAAAGAACAACUUUCUGAAUCAGAGAGAGGUAUACUUGAGUGGCUGGACAAGAACAAGUAAUUUCAGUGUAUUUCUCGUUAUUAUUCUGUAAAAUUCUGAAUUUCGGCAAUUUUUAUUUUCGUGCGAAAAAUAGUCAAAAAUUUUAAAAAUUGAAGGCUAUUAUCCACGCUUUUUGAGAAAUUUUGGACGUUUUGUGACCCGUUGUCGAAAAGGCUUGAGAUUUUAGGGGAUACAUCUCGGAGUCAUAUAUAAUGUCAUUUUAAACCUUAUAUGAUCAUUAUAUGAAGUCAUAAAUGAUCGUGGUAGGAUUGAGUUUAUGAAAUCGGUGCUAGUUAUAAAUCA